CUCGGGCGCCGGCGCAGAAGCGGCUCAAGAAUACUUCCGGAAGGCCACCCGACGUGUCCGAGUGGUGUGCUUCCGGCGGCUUUCUCGCUGCUUGCUCAGUCUCUGGGACCUAGCAGCUAAAAUAGUGGGCACUCACCUGGGUGGGUUACGGACCCAGGGAGCUAGAGGUCCACCUAUUUGAGCCCUGUAAUCUCUAACCAUGGACCGGGACCUUCUGCGCCAGUCACUGAAUUACCACGGGCCGUCUUUGCUGUCCCUGCUCCGUAGCGAACAGCUGGACAAUCCGCACUUCCGGAGCCUCCUGGGGUCGGCGGCCGAGUCAGCCCGGGGACCGCCGCUGCAGCAGCCGUUGCAGGCCAGAAAAGAGAAGAGAGUCGACAACGUUGAAGUACAAAAAUUCAUUUCCAAAAAAGCGGAUCUUCUCUUUGCACUUUCGUGGAAACCAGAUGCACCUGCAGCAUCUGAAGUUAAUGAAGACAAUGAAGAUUCUUAUGCAGUCAUGCCACCUUUAGAGCAGUUCAUGGAAAUACCUAGUAUGGAUCGGAGAGAGCUGUUUUUUCGAGAUAUAGAGCGUGGAGAUAUAGUGAUUGGAAGAAUAAGUUCCAUUCGGGAAUUUGGGUUUUUCAUGGUGUUGAUUUGUUUAGGCAGUGGCAUCAUGAGAGACAUAUCUCACUUAGAAAUCACAGCUCUUUGUCCGUUAAGAGAUGUGCCUUCUCACAGUAACCAUGGGGACCCUUUAUCGUAUUACCAGACUGGUGAUAUCAUUCGAGCUGGAAUCAAGGAUAUUGACAGAUACCAUGAAAAGCUUGCAGUAUCUCUCUAUAACUCAUCUCUUCCACCACACCUAUCGGGUAUUAAAUUAGGUGUAAUUAGUUCUGAAGAACUUCCUUUGUACUACAGGAGGAGUGUUGAACUAAAUAGCAAUUCUUUGGAAUCCUACGAUAAUAUCAUGCAAAGUUCCUUGGGAUUUGUUAAUCCAGGAGUAGUUGAAUUCCUUCUAGGAAAACUAGGAAUAGAUGAAUCUAAUCCACCAUCUUUAAUGAGAGGCCUACAAAGCAAAAAUUUCUCUGAAGAUGACUUUGCUUCUGCAUUAAGAAAGAAACAGUCUGCAUCUUGGGCUUUAAAAUGUGUGAAGAUUGGAGUUGAUUAUUUUAAGGUUGGGCGCCAUGUGGAUGCUAUGAAUGAAUACAAUAAGGCUUUGGAAAUAGACAAACAAAAUGUGGAAGCUUUGGUAGCCCGCGGAGCAUUAUAUGCAACAAAAGGAAGUCUGAACAAAGCAAUAGAAGAUUUUGAGCUUGCAUUGGAAAACUGUCCAACUCAUAGGAAUGCAAGAAAAUACCUCUGCCAGACACUUGUAGAAAGAGGAGGGCAGUUAGAAGAAGAAGAAAAGUUUUUAAAUGCUGAAAGUUACUAUAAGAAAGCUUUGGAUUUGGAUGGCACUUUUAAAGAUGCAGAGGAUGCUUUACAAAAGCUUCAUAAAUAUAUGCAGAAAUCUUUGGAAUUAAGAGAAAAACAAGCUGAAAAGGAAGAAAAGCAGAAAACAAAGAAAAUAGAAACAAGUGCAGAAAAGUUGCGUAAGCUUUUAAAAGAGGAGAAAAGGCUAAAGAAGAAAAGAAGAAAGUCAACUUCUUCUUCAAGUGUUUCUUCUGGUGAUGAAUCAGUUUCUUCUUCAUCAUCCUCUUCCUCUUCUGGUCACAAACGGCAUAAGAAACAUAAGAGGAACCGUUCAGAGUCUUCUCGAAGUUCCAAAAGGCAUUCAGCUAAGGCAUCCUCAAAUCAGAUAGAUGAGACUAGGAAAGAUGAGUACUUCCCAGUUCCAGCCAAUACAUCAGCAUCUUUUCUUAACCAAAGACAAGAAAUGGAAAAACUACUGGAAAAGCAAGAUAGGGUACCAUCUGAAAAGAAGCAGGCAAAAGAGAAAGAUAGAUGUCCUUUCUCUUCGUCAUCAGUUGAAAUUCCGGAUGAUUUUGGAGGUAGGUCUGAAGAUCCAAGAGGUUUUUAUAAUACCGAUAAAACUCAGGCAAGUAGUAGCAAAACAGAAAAACCAUAUAAAUAUGAAAGACAUUUUUCCAGUAGAAGAGAUUCUUCAGAUUCCUUCUCUAAGAAUCCAGAAGACAAGUUAAAAAAUUACGGUUACAGAAAAAGUGAAAAAGAUAUAGAGGGAAGAAAAGAGCACCAUAGAAAAUGGGAGCCAGGUUCCGUGAGGUAUUAUUCCACUUCACCAGCAAGCUCAGAUUACUCUUCCAAGUCCGUUGAAAAAUAUAAAAAAUACUCUGGAUCACGUGAUUUCAGUAGACAUGAGCAAAGAUACCAGUUAAGUAAAAAUCAUAGAGAAUAUGGAAGAGAGGAUAAUUAUGAAGAGGAUAUUAAAACAGAGGUUCCAGAAAAAGAUGAGGUACAUAGCAAAGAGCAUUCAGAAAGUGGAGUUAAAAAAAAUUUACCUCAGAAUUUACUUAAUAUAUUUAAUCAGAUAGCUGCAUUUGAGAAAGAAAAAGGAAAUAAACAAAAAAAUUAAUAUGCCAAGGGAAUCAGCACUAUUAUCUAAAGGCUGUUAAUAAGUUUUGGGUCUUUUAGUUAAAAUAGUCCAGUGCAGAAAUCUGUUCUUCUGAAGUUAUUUGUAGAGAUUGAAGAAAGCAAAUGAUUUUUAGUUAUUGUCAUAUAUUUGUUUUAGUUGGUCUUCUUUCACAGCUUGAUUUGUAGGCUUUCAUAUAUAUGUUUAUGUAUAGCAUUUCUUUGAUGACUUAAAUUUCAAGAUAAUUCUCUAAGUGUUUCUUAAUUGUAUUAUGGUAUGUGAGAAUUCCUUGAAUCUACCUUAUCCUGCUGUUUGAGAGAAAAUUAAAUUUGUGAACUGAACAUUUGGGUUGUUGUCAUCAAAAAUGAUUUAAUUCUCCUCUCUGUUAAAGUAAAAACCCUCAGCUUUGAAAGAUACAUUUAAAUAUUCUUUAAAUAACACUCUAUAUUCAUUAAUUUUUUACUAACUUUUAAAAUGGUACACAGAUUAUCUUGUCUAAUUGGCCUCUAAAGCCAGAUUCAAUUAAAAAAAGACUGUGUACCAGCUUAACAAAUACCUUAGGAAUAAAGCAUGAAAAUUGAA